UUUUGGCCGCUGUCAAGUUGGCUUUGGGAAGUUGCGGGUGUUCCUGCAUUAGAGGUUUACCUGGUACUCGUACAGUAAAGGAGAGGACCCCGAAGUCGGCUCACCGCUUUGUUUGUUGGGUGAAGGUGGGUGGUGGGUGGUGGGUAACAAAAAAGAUGAGUGAUCGCUCAGCUUGUUAUCAAUCGCAUCGCACCCUUCACACCCACAACUCCCCCUCCCCCUCUUUCUCUUUCCUCUCUCCCUCCUCAACAUUGGACUUGAAACUGCAUCUCCAACUUCCAAAUUGUCACAUUCCAAAAUGUCUUCCUUCACACCAGUUUACAUUGUCUCAGCUGCCAGAACCCCCGUGGGAUCUUUCCUUGGGUGCGUUGUGAUUCGGCCGAUUCAAGGAGGGGUAAUGUUGACAAAGUUGAUAGCUCCCUCUCAAGCUUGAGCGCAACCCAACUAGGCGCUCUGGCUAUCAAGGGUGAGCCCUGAUCCUACGAUAACUGCUGGCAAUGAGUAUUGGUAGCUAAAUCAUUUCUAGGUGCCGUUGAGCGUGUCCCAGAAAUCAAGCCAGAAGAUGUGGAGGAGGUCUUCUUCGGAAAUGUCUUGUCCGCAAAGUACGCUUCCCACCCUAUUUCCUCGAGCUUGGGCUAAUCUGAACAGCUUAGGACAAAAUCCAGCUCGUCAAUGUGCCAUUAACGGCGGCCUUUCCGAGAAUGUCGUUUGCACUACCGUCAACAAGGUCUGCGCUUCCGGACUCAAAGCCAUCAUCCUCGGUGCCCAGACCAUCAUGACCGGUAACGCUGAUAUUGUGGUUGCCGGUGGAACCGAGUCCAUGUCCAACGUCCCUCACUACCUCCCCGUCCUUCGAAACGGAGCAAAAUAUGGUGACGUGACCUUGGUUGACGGUGUUUUGAAGGAUGGUCUGACCGAUUCAUACGCAAAGAAGGAGCACAUGGGUAUUGCAGCCGAGCUGUGCGCCAAAGACCACACCAUCACCCGAGAGCAACAAGACGAGUACGCCAUCAAGUCCUACCAAAAGGCUCAAGCCGCUACCGAGGCCGGCAUUUUCAAGCAUGAAAUUGUGCCCGUGGAAGUCAGUGGUGGACGUGGCAAGCCAAAUGUCAAGAUUGAGAAGGACGAUGAAGUCAAGAACUUGAACGUCGACAAACUAAAGGCGAUGCGACCAGCGUUUAUGCCAAACGGUGGAACUGUCACUGCACCCAAUGCCGCACCAAUCAACGAUGGUGCCUCCGCGCUGGUUCUCGUUUCCGAGGCUAAGCUGAAGGAGCUUGGCCUCAAGCCAUUAGCGAAGAUUUUGGGAUGGGGAGAUGCGGAGAAGACUCCUAGCGAGUUUACUACCGCUCCAGCCUUGGCCAUUCCUAAAGCUCUCAAGCACGCAAAGGUCGAGGCUUCCAACGUGGACUUUUAUGAGAUCAACGAGGCUUUCUCUGUGGUUGCAUUGGCCAACAUGAAGAUUCUUGGUUUGGAUGAGUCCAAGGUCAAUGUUUACGGUGGAUCUGUGGCCAUUGGACACCCACUCGGCUGUUCUGGCGCUAGAAUCGUUACUACCUUGGUCAAUGUGUUGCGAGAGAAGAAGGCCAAGAUUGGUGUUGCUGGAAUUUGCAAUGGUGGUGGUGGAGCAUCUGCUUUGGUUAUUGAGUCUUUGCAAUAGAUGACAUCCUGCUGUGUUUCGAGCACAUCUCUCGGUGUUUCUAUGUCUGGAUGAAAUAGUUAUGAUAAGAAGAAGUAAAUGAAUAGAGAAAGUCAAGGUUGGAGUGGAAAAGUGGUAGAUAUAAGAUACUCGUAUAUAAUGGGGAAUGGAUGAGUUGAUUGAAAAGAGAUUCUUACAUGUUUCAAAUGACAACGGCUUCUUC